CCUAGAACCCUCAAAACCUCUUCAUACACAACAUACUCAAACAAUGGCCAAACUAGCAAUAGUAGAUUUCUCCAAUGAAGACUGCUUCAAGCCUGGGACAAGUUCUUGGCUCUCAAUACGCAAAGACAUUUGCCAUGCACUCGAGGAGCUUGGCUGUUUCGUGGCAAUAUUACCCAACAAAAUUUCUUCGGAGCUUUGCAGUACCUUCUUCCGUAUGUUGGACGAGUUGUUUGAUUUCCCAACAGAAAUCAAAGUGAAAAACUCUUAUGAAAAGCCUUACCCCACUGGCUACCUAAACGUUGGGAACACCGGUUAUGAAAGCUUGGCUAUUGCUGAUGCGGGUCUCCGCAGUCAUAGAGACAGAGACUUUAGCACCAUACUUUGUCAAAAUCAUGUCAAAGGUCUGGAAAUAUAUUCAAAGGACGAUGAGUGGAUAUGUUUUGAUCCUCUGCUUUCGUCCUUCGUAUUUCUAGCGGGUGAUGGACUUCAGGUUUGGAGCAACGAUAGAAUACGAGCUUGUAAACAUCAAGUGACCUUGAGCGAGAAUGAUGUACGGUACUCGCUCGGACUAUUUUCAUUCAGGGCAGGGGAAACACAUACACCGAAGGAGCUUAUAGACGAGGACCACCCCCUACAGUAUAAUCCAUUGAAUGACUUGGAAUAUAUUGAAUAUACAAAGAAAAAUUACUCCAGCCUUGGACCUGACUAUACCGUCAAGGCAUAUUGUGGCGUUUGAUUUGUCUUGGUCUAAGGCUACAAGCCAGUUCCUUUCCUUAUUUACCUUUCUUUACCUCUUCUCGUUUCUUUGUAUUUCUUUCCUGUCAAACAUAAUGCUGUGGAGCCACCUGUGUUGUUGUUUGGUAUAUGUUUAUGUCGUGGCAUUGUCCCUUAUUUGCUGUCAAGUUGCAGCACCGUUUGAAUAAUUGAGUUUCUCGAAGGUCUUCUUUCGGUGUUGGGUUGAUUUUCGUAAGUGCAAGAUAAAUAAAAAAAAUCAUAAA